AUGGGAGAUUUGUGGAAAGGACCGAACUUUAUCGAAGUCGACGCCGGCGAGAAUGACAUGAAUAUUGCGAGUAUUGCUUGGGGAAUCUCGCUGGGAGUCGGGCUGUUCACGUUCACCAAAGGGAUACAACAAACCAUCAAGUCAUGGAGGAGAGGACGCAGGAUGAACCACUAUAUCAUACUGCUAUGGCUGGAGUGGACGAGCAGCUGUAUCAUGAGCGCCGUCACUUGGUGUUAUCUACGAAAUUACAUCCCCGGCGGGUUUCCGGUUUUCUUUACUCUAAUUUUCCUUUGGUGUAUCCAACUUCAAGCACUCAUUCAAAUCAUCAUCAACCGGAUCGCGAUCCUCAUGGUAAACCGACAAAAUGCUAAGCGACUCAAGAUAUACUCCUUCAUCAUCAUAUUAUGCAUCAACAUCAGUGUUUUCACAAUCUGGAUCCCGGCUCGGCUGCAGGUUAACAAGACCUGGAUCGACAUCAACAAAGUCUGGGAUAGAAUUGAGAAGGUUAUCUUUUUAGUGGUUGAUGCAGGUCUCAACCUGUACUUUAUACACCUCGUGCGAUCAAGGCUGAUUGCGAACGGCCUGACCAAGUACACCCGGCUGUUUCGGUUCAACUUGGGCAUGAUUGCUGUGUCGAUGACUAUGGACAUCCUUCUCAUCGCAAUGAUGUCCCUACCGAACGACAUUGUCUACGUCCAGUUCCACCCUCUCGCCUAUCUCGUCAAACUCCACAUCGAAAUGAACAUGGCAGACCUCAUCAUCAAGGUCGUCAAGGCCAGCAACAACAGCGACUAUCCCGACUACUCCGGCUCCAGAUCCCACAGCACCCAAAAGAAGAGCUCAAAACAGACCGGCAAAAGCAAAAUACCUUCAGCAAUGUUUGUUGGUGGUAACACCACCUUUAUCGAAGCGAAUACAGACGAUAUAGAGCUGGUAGAUCGAUUGGAGGGAGGGAUCCAGAAGACCACACGAACGGAAGUUGUUGUUAAGCAGGCGAGGAGGUCUGAGUACGAUGAUGUGGCUAGCGAUACGGGGUCAACGCGGCAACUACAGAGAGAGCACUUCACAGUAUGA